CGCGCCGACAACGUGCGUCGCAGUCGCAGCAGAUUCCGAUUCGGGUUCAGAUCGAGAUUCGGGUUCGGAUUAACAUUCGCACAGUGCAGGUUAUGCAGGAGUUUUGUGCGUGAUUGCAAAAAAAAGUGUCGCCGGAACGAAAUAGAAAAGUGCACUGUAUGCAAAUCACUUGACCCACUGUACAGCGCAUAUAAUCGUUGCACACUCACUGGCUCUCACAUACGCAUUGCACGAAAAAACUACGUAUAAAGACUUUUAUAUUUAAUUAAAUUUGUGAGUUGCUGGGCUCUUUGUUGUUGGUGUUGCCUAUAAUAAUACUGCUUCAUUUGGCGUCGCUUGAGAACGGCAAUCCCCAUCGAAUAGCAUCAUUUGUCGCUGAGCAUCGGAGCUGAUUGCUUGGCGCCCGGAGUAAUCAAAAUCGGGUUUAAUUUCGAAUAAGGUUUACGAGUGCGGGAUGAAGCCGCCGGCGGCAAUAAUAGCCUAUUAGAAGAUAAUCUGAAGCUCAGAUUUCUACUACUUGUUCUUCGUGAAGUGACCCACAAAAACGCUGCCGAAAACUAGGUCAGACUGCCAAAAGACAAAAAAAAAGAACGAAGCAAAACAAACGCGGAACAAAACGGCAUGAACUUGGAACGAAAAGCAACUGGGAACUUUUUAAUUGAGACUUUAGCGGCUCAGGUGUAGGGGCUUUCUCACCUGCUGGCCACUUUCUCACCUAAUGACCCACCAUGAAGGGCAUCUGCGGUGAGCAGCUCAACAAUUGCAUGCUCCUGGGCGACUGUGAAAAUAGCGAACAUGGCUCGGGACUGCCCGGAGAUUUUACGGGCGAUGGAGCGGAAACGGAGUCCGGAGGAGGAAGGGGUGGCAGCUUGGCCUUCGCCGCCCGCCGAAUUCGGAAUCGACAGGUCCACAGCAUGGCCGUACGAUCGGCCAGUGCCUAUGAUACCCUGGAGCGACCCUAUCGGCAUGACAAAUCACGCGGUCGUUGGGCAAAAUCGGCUGACUUCUACUUCGCCACCUGCACUCAUGCCUUCAGUUCGCUGAUCUUCUCCGAGCUCUCCACCUUUGGAAUACUUCACGGCGGUUGGCUAUUCUUCAUAAUCGCCUACCUUAUGGGAAUGUUUUUCUACUCGCUGCCAAUAUUUUUGAUACAAGCAUUUCUGGGACAAUUCUCAUCUUCUGGAUCUAUCUCAGCAUUUCGCGUGGCGCCCAUUUUCAAAGGCAUCGGCUACGCCAUUUUGCUGCUUAAUCUGGGCACUCUAACCUACUACUGCAUCGGAGCUGUGGUGCCCCUUAUCUACACAGUGAAUUCCCUGCAUCGGGUGAUACCCUGGUUGAGUUGCAACAAUACUUGGAAUACCAAGGAAUGUUCUUUACAUGAAAAUUACGAUGAAAAUGACUAUAGGGUCGAUCCACAUUCCACCGUGGAGUUCUUUAGAUCGACGAUUGCUUCUACUGAAGAAGAUUCCACUUCAAUGAGCAUAUCUUGGUCCAUGUUGAUAGGCGUUUUGGCCAUUUGGCUGGUGGUUUUGGCUAUGCUGCUCAAGCCUGUGGCUUUUAUUGGUAAAGCUCUGCGAUGUUCCUGUGUGCUUAUGUUCGGCUUCUUUGUGGCUGUUUUUAUAUACUUGGUUAUUCACGAAAAAGUUUCGUAUGAUACUCUCCAAUAUUACUGGAUGCCCCAGGUGGAUAGUUUGGAGAGCGUCCUUGCAACGGCCCGAACCGCCCUCCUAAUGGCCGGUGUGGCUUUGGGUCCCGGAUGGGGCAGUAUAGUAACCCUGUCCAGUUACAACAAUUUCCGCAGCGAUGCGGAGAGAUUGAGCUUCUGGGUGUGCCUUACUCAUAUCACUAUCGGAUUAAUGGGACUUCUUUGCUGCAAUGUGGCCCACGAUCACUUUGAGGAUCAUGUGGGCAUGAUGCCAUUGCAUGUGGAUGAGAAACAUCAUAUGCAGUUCCUGUACCUCUGUUUCUCCUAUUUGUUUGGGACGUUUACGACGACACCAAAUCUCUGGGCUUUCCUCUUUUUUGGCAUGAUAUUCCUAUCGGAACUAAGUUCCUUGAUCAUCCAAAUGAUGUCCGUUAUUACUGCCCUGUUCGAUGAGUUCGAGACGUUUCGAUCAAAACGAACGAUAGUAAUAUGUUCACUUGUCCUCUGCCUUACAGUCUCCUCUGUUUAUUUUUGUACUCAGUUGGGCUUCAGUCAGCUGACUCAGCUGCCCAAUUUGGCGGUGUUUACCCACGUGUUUAUUUCGGGAGUUCUUCUACUAAUGACCACUUGGGUUUAUGGUCGCGUGCGAUUCCAGUGCGAUUUGCAGUUUAUGCUGGGCAAAACGAUCUCAAGUUUCAAAAUUUUCUUUAUACGCUUCGCCACGCCUAUUUUUCUUGGACUGUGCUUGUUCCAACUCACCUAUUUAUUUACGCGUGAUCGCAUCCACGACGUCCUGAUUUACUUGAGUCAGGGACUGAUUUUCCUGACGGCCAUAUCGUAUAUGGUUUAUAAGGUGUGUCGGACGAAUGGCGAUUGGCGCCAGCGAUUGCAACAGUGCCUCGCACCACACGACUGGCAUCCGGUGGAUGCGGACAACCGGCGAUUUUACGAGGAAAUCAUGGGCUUCUCCGAGAUGCUGGUGAUCGAUGCCAAUGCCAAUACCACAUAGUGCCUAAAUAUCGAAUACUCUUUAGAUCAAAACUCAACACUUAAGCCGUCGACACAUGACAAAUGAACUGAACUCACUUUUAUUAUACACCCAUCCGUGGUCAUACAUACCAACACAGUCACACCCAUACACACACAAAAACCACACUACACACACGCACACGAGUAUAUUAUACAGAUCAAGUGCUAAGGGUGAUCGUUGGAUUUUAUAAUGGAGUUGUACUGAUAUUUUCCAAACGCUAGCUGUAGUGAACAAUAAUCUGGUGAUAUUUAGUAGUUGCCUACUAAAAAGUUCAACAAGCUUCGGCCAAAAAAUAUUGUUACGAAUUAAUAAAGUUUUACCUUUUAGCCAUGUACUGAUUAA